AUGAGGGUGCCGAAGGUGAAGGGGUUGCUGAAGGCACAAAGUUGCAUGUCGCAAGGUGAUGUGGCUGGGCACGAGGGUGCCGAAGGCAUAAGAAUUGAAUGUCGUAAAGGCGAUGGGCCUAGGCAUGAGGGUGAGCAUAGUGACACAAAACUUGCGUGUUUGCAAGGCGAUGUGCUUAAUCACGGGGGUGCCAAAGGCAAAGAGGAUGCCGAAGGUAGCACAAAGGUGUUGUUCGGUUAUUUGCAGUUUGGUUUGGGCUAUGGAGGUCGACACAAAGUAGUUGCUGAUCGGUGGUUUGACUCCUAUGAGUUUGGUAAAAGAUGGCUACUGACCGGUAGCUUUGGAGCAUGGCGUCCUUGCGGUGGUCUCGCCAAGGAUGGUCUCUUCGGUACUUUGCACUUUGAUCUUGAGACCAUCCUUCAAGCUAAAAUUCGUCCUCUGUUUGUAGUUCCAGAGAAGUCUUUCAUAGGAUUCUUCCAUCCUGAAGAACUAGAAAACAGGGAUUUUGAGUUCCUUCAGGGUGCCAUUUCCUUCGAUAGCAACUAUGAGAUCAGUCGUUCUGCAUCAGAAUGUGCCUGCAAUAUUUAACCUCUGGUCUACAUUGUGAGUUGGAACGACCAUUUCUUUGUAUUUAAGAUAGAGCAGGAUGCUUUCUACAUAAUUGACACAUUAGGGGAGAGGUUGUAUGAAGGUUGCAACCAGGCCUAUAUCCUGAAAUUUGACAAAGACACAACAAUCCAAAUAUUACCAAGUGAGGCCAAAGCAUCAUAUGAGAAAUCUGGAAAUCGGGUGCGACCGAACAACUGUAAGGAAACUAAAGCUGAAGGGGCUCUUGUAGUUGUAUGCAAAGGAAGAGAAGCUUGCAAAGAUUUUAUUAAGAGCUUUUUGGCUGUUAUCCCUAUAAGGGAAUUGCUGGCGGAUCUUAAGAAGGGUUUGAUGGCAUCAACACCUCUUCGUCAUCGGCUACAAAUUGAAUUCCAUUGUACCAAGCUCUUGCAGUCAAUGGAUGAAUAUUCUGUAAGAGAAACAGCAGCUGCUGCACCAGCAAUGGCAAUGGCAUUGGCAGUUGCAUAA